UAUUUCGGGCAGCGUGACUAUUUUAAGAUCACAUUUAUACAAAACCUAAAGUAAAUAAAUUUGACCCAAGUUCCCAUAUUUUCUAACCAGAAACAAGAUGAAGUGUACUGAAGCUCCAUUACUGGUGAAGAACAAACAACAAUCAGAGGAAGAGAGAGAGAGGAUAAGAUGGGAGAAGAUGAAGAAAGUUGCUUCAAUGGCUGCUCCAAUGGUCGCCGUGAACAUGUCUCAGUUUCUUCUUCAAGCAACUUCUACGAUGAUUGUCGGUCACCGGAACGAACUCUCCCUUGCCGGAAUCGCUCUUGGAAGCUCAUUUGCUAACGUCACCGGCUUUGGUAUCCUCUUUGGUCUUUCAGGUGCAUUGGAAACACUAUGUGGCCAAGCAUUUGGAGCAGAACAAUAUCAGAAGCUCGGACCCUACACUUUCACGUCAAUGGUUUAUCUCUUGAUUAUCGCUUUUCCGAUUUCGAUUCUUUGGAUAUUCAUGAACCAGAUCUUGAUUCUUCUUCACCAAGACCGUCAAGUAGCUGAGUUAGCAUCUGUUUACUGCCUCUGGCUCAUACCGGCAUUAUUCGGUUACUCGGUUCUCGAGUCGCUGGUUCGAUACUUUCAGUCACAAAGCUUAAUAUUUCCUAUGGUGUUGAGCUCUCUAGCUGCUCUCGCUUUCCAUGUUCCUCUCUGUUGGCUAAUGGUUCACAGAUUUGAGUUUGGAGUCAAAGGAGCGGCUGUGUCUAUCGGUAUCUCCUACUGGCUUAACGCGGUUUUCCUUUGGGUUUACAUGAAACGCUCUCAAACGUGCUUGAAAACGCGGAUUUAUAUGUCCAAGGAUGCGUUUCUUCACACGAAAAUCUUCUUUCAAUUUGCGGUUCCUUCUGCGAUGAUGUGUUGCCUUGAGUGGUUAGCUUUCGAGGUGAUAACUUUGCUCUCCGGUCUUCUUCCCAACUCAAAGCUCGAAACUUCGGUUAUCUCGAUUUGUCUCACGACCUCUACUUUGCACUACAAUUUGGUAAAUGGAAUCGGUGAUGCUGCGAGUACCAAUGUGGCGAAUGAGCUAGGAGCUGGGAACCCACGAGGGGCUCAUGAUUCUGCUUCAGCCGCAGUUAUAAUUGCAGCUGUUGAAUCAGUCAUUGUGAGCUCUACUCUCUUCUUAUCUCGGAAUGUAUGGCCUUAUGCUUACAGCAAUGUGGAGGAAGUAACUCGCUAUGUGACCAAGAUGACUCCCAUUCUUUGCAUUUCAAUCCUCAUGGACAGCUUCGUGAUCGUCCUCUCCGGGAUUGUGAGAGGAACAGGGUGGCAGAAAAUUGGGGCUUAUGUGAACAUAGCUUCGUAUUAUAUCAUUGGUAUUCCUAUUGGACUUCUAUUGUGUUUUCAUCUUCACUUCAAUGGGAAAGGACUCUGGGCCGGUUUAGUCUCAGGAUCAACACUACAAACUCUAAUCCUCUUUCUUGUUGUUGGGUUCACCAAUUGGACCAAAGAGGCAAACAAAGCUAGGGAGAGAAUACUUGAUGAGAAAGUUUAGAGAGAUGACUCAUUUGUUAAUUGAAGAAGAGUUUGUAUGGAAUGCUAUGAGUGAACAUGACUGCCCAUUGAAUGAACUUGUUCUAGAAACUUCAACGGUCAUGCAAUUAAUUUAGUUUUGUCUACACUCAAUCUAAAAGGAUGUUUAAUAUGAAUCCCAUGUUGAAAUUGUAUGGGACCUAAAAUAAGUUUUGCGGUGAUUGUAAGUGAUUUUGAGAUUUAAUUAUAGAUUUUUAUAUGA